AAACAAGCGUUAGAAAAUUGUUGAUAGAAUCGAAUCUCUGUUUUCAUCGCCUUUUAAAUAAAAAAACGGAAAAUUACUAUUAAAAUUGAAACAUAAAAAUUAUACAAUUAAUUUAAUCUCUGUCUGUCUGUCUGUCUCUCUCUCUCUUUUUUCUUUUUUUCUUUGUUUUCUCUCUGGGUUUUUAGAGAAAGUGAGAGGAAAGAUGAUUUUUUAUGUAAUAAAAUAAUCAUAUUAAUAAAUAAUUAUAAAUAUUAAUUAUUUAUAUAUAUAUGGAUGAGAAUGAGAUUACUAUCGGAGAAAGAUAAAAGGUAGAGAAAAAAAAAAAGAUACUGGGAAAUUUGGGGGGUGAUCAAAGCUUUAAGAGUAAUGUGAAUUAGGGUUUUUUUUUUCCUUUUUUUUUCUCCCUCUUUUUUUUGGGUUUUGAAACUUCUUGUCAGUGAUCGGAUUUCAUCGAAAUUUCCAGGUAGCGAAAGAAUCGGGUUGGAUUUUUUAUUCACUGAAGGAAUAGUUUCGUGUAGGGCACAUUCUAAAUGGUGUUCAGAGAUUCACUUAAGAAGUCAAAGACGAAAGUCGAUGGGUCAGAAUAUGACUCACCAGUGGUGGCUGGUUUGCAACCUCCAGCAUCAUACAAACACAAUUUGAGAGUUUCGCAAGAUGAUUGGGAUCUAUUGGCAUACAUUCUCUUGGCUAAUAAAACUAAUACGAAACAUGUUGGGCAAGGUUUGCUGGACCCAGAAGUGCGUACUUUAACUUUUGGCUAUAUAGGACUGAACGGAAAGAAACCUAUAAUUGUAGCAAGAUCUGGAGAAAAUCAUGAUGGACAAGCAUCGGAUAACAGUCUACUACCUGGUCUUAAUGAUGACAUGGCACUGAACAUUCUGGCUCGGAGCAGCAGAUCUGACUACCCAAAUAUUUCCUGUUUAAACAAGAAAUUUAGGUCACUGAUCGGCAGUGGUUAUUUAUAUAAACUGAGACGUCAGCUUGGUAUAAGAGAAGACUGGGUUUAUCUAGCCUGUAAUAUGAUGCCUUGGAAAGCUUUUGAUCCUAUGAGACAGAAAUGGAUGAGGCUACCAAGGAUUCCCUGUGAUGAUUGUUUUACUUGUGCUGAUAAAGAGUCUCUGGCAGUGGGGACUGAAUUACUCGUAUUUGGUCGUGAGUUGUCCGGAUUUGCUAUUUGGAUGUAUAGUUUGAUUACUCACGAUUGGUCUAGAUGCCCCGUAAUGAAUUUGCCUCGAUGUUUGUUUGGAUCUAGCAGCCUUGGGGAGAUUGCUAUUGUAGCUGGGGGCAGUGAUAAGAAUGGGAACGUUCUAAAAUCCGCUGAGCUUUACAAUUCUGAAUUGGGUACUUGGCAAACCUUGCCGGAUAUGAACUUCCCACGUAAACUGUGUUCCGGUUUCUUUAUGGAUGGGAAAUUUUAUGUCAUUGGGGGCAUGUUGAGUCAUACAGACUGUUUGUCUUGUGGUGAAGAGUACAAUAUGCAGACAAGAUCAUGGAGGAGGAUUGAAAAUAUGUACCCAGGCUGCAAUGCAGGGGGUACAUUUCAUCCCGCAAUGCGUUCGCCUCCUUUAGUUGCAGUCGUAAAUAAUCAACUCUACUCUGCUGAUCAAGCAACAAACGAAGUCAAAAAAUACGACAAGGUUAAUAACUCAUGGAGCGUUGUGAAGACACUACCUGUUAGGGCUGACUGGAACAACGGUUGGGGACUGGCAUUUAAAGCCUGUGGUAACAGUUUACUCGUAAUAGGAGCUGGAGGACGUGGAAGUGGUGAUAACGGAGUAAUCGUUCUGCAUUCAUGGAAUCCGGAGGAUGGAAGCAGUAAUGGAGCGGACUGGAGUGUGCUUGCGGUCAAGGAAAGAGCGGGUGCUUUUGUUUACAAUUGUGCAGUGAUGGGUUGUUAACGAUUCGACACACAUCUUUGGUACAAACAUCAGCAGUCGAAAGAUCGGUAAGCCUAACCAGUUAAUGAGUUAUAUGUUCUCACUAUCAUUAAGUUGUUACUUGUCUUGUAUUUUCCUUCUUUUUUUUCUUUUUUCUUUUUUCCAUUUAUGGUUCUUCAGAUGAAUAAUUGACCUGAAAAUUGUGUAGAAAGCCAUUACUGAAAGCUUUUAACCUCUUACCAAGUAAUUGACUGUUUGCCAUUUCUCUCC